AUGUAUCAUUAUUCGACUCCACCACAAGGGUGGGCUUACGACUACACCCAGUCGCCUCCAACCUCCCCUCACUACGCCUACUACGCUUCGCCCUACGCCACCGCCUAUACGUCACCCCGGGGAACAUCGCGAAAGCACUCACGCAAGGCCAGUUACGCCGGCACCAAGGAGCCUGGUUACUAUGCCUACCCAUCGCAAUACUACGAGGGCAUGCCGGACUAUGGGCUCCCGCGCAAGCACGAUCAUGUAAGUGCUUCUUUCGCGGGUCCGCCCAAACACCGUCGCACCUAUACGACCGGUCAUCCUAUGGGGGAUGGCCUCGGUACUGGCUUCACCUUCAACGCGCAAUCGCAGAGCCGGCCCAUCUUCGUAGAUGUGGUCGACGAUGCAUACGAUGCUCCAUAUGGCUUUCGCGAGCCCCGAUCCCGCCCUGGCCGUCCCCCACCGGCAAACCCCAAGCGAGAGGGUCCUGCUGGCUACCAGCACCGUCGGACCGCGUCAUACUCUCAACGCAAAUCACACCCAGCCACUGAUUCUUACUCUUACUUCAACCAGGUUCCCAAUCCCGAAGACAUUGAUGCAGCCCGUCGCUCCCGUGCACGCCGCCAGUCCACCUCAACCCGAACACCUAAGCCUAAACCACCCCCCGCUGCGAAGCCACCAGCAACCGCCACCGAGGAGGAUGCGGAACGUGCUGGCAUUCCACCAGGUUACUCCAUCAAGAACUGGGACCCAACCGAAGCCCCAAUUAUUCUUCUCGGCUCUGUGUUCGAUGCCAACUCAUUAGGGAAGUGGAUCUACGACUGGACGGUUUUCCACCACGGAGCCUCAACUCCCAUGGCCGACGUCGCCGGCGACCUAUGGCUACUUCUUAUCAAACUCGCGGGGAAAGUCAAGCGUGCGGACGAAUGUCUGCCACGCAUUAAGAACCUGGAGGCUGCAGAGACAGUGGAAGAUUUCCUGGAGAGUGGCGACCGCUUGUGGAGCCGAUUCAAGAAGCUCCUCAAACAAUGCGAGCUUUUCAUGUGGAAGGCCGCCAAGCGAGAAAGUGGCAAAGCCUCCGUCUCAAUGGGGCGCAAUGCGGGAUGUGAAUUUGUGGAAUCGAUCUUCGGUCGCGACCGCGAGCUCGAGAAUACCGAAAAGCUGAUGAACAGCAUUCGACUAUGGAAUAUGCGUUUCGACGCCAACUGCGAGGAUAUCCUCCGCCGACCGUCCGCCAAAUAG